ACUUAUGUUUACGGACUAUCCAAAAUAUUUUCAGCAUCUUGAUCAGAUCUUAAUGAAUAAGUUAACAUAAUCUGAAGAUAGAGCACAUAUUAAUAUGAAACCGAAUGACCAAAGGUUAACCAUGGUCAGGUUUGUUGUUCAGACUGUCAUUAUAAUGAUUAUCCUGGUUAUGACCCUCAACAGCCCAGUAUCUGGGAGUAUCAUCGAAGGUCGGCUAAUUACGUGCAAAAUUGAAGGGGAAGAAAUCAGGAUUCCUUUCAUUGCCAAAGAACAGUGUAUAUCCUGUCGUUGUCAGAAUAAAAGAAUAGUGUGUAAUGAGAAAUGUCCAAGUGAGCAGAGGAAGGACUGUUAUUUUCUACUUUAUGGUCAGAAGCAGAGCUGUUGUGAUAUCUGUAAAGGCUGCUCUGUCAAUGGCACUAUCUACGAGAGUGGAUUUACUUGGGCUGAUCCUAAUGACCCCUGUCGAACGUUUUCUUGUGAGUCCGGUGUGGUCACAGAAGCAAGGGUCCACUGUCACGUACCGUGUCGAAACUACCUAUCACCUGCAAGUGGCGAAUGUUGUCCUUCUUGUAAAGGCUGCACCGUGGGUGGACGUAGCUAUUCUGACAACCAGGAGAUAGAAGUGACCCAGGCAGACCCUUGUGUACAGUGUAGCUGUAAAAAAGGAAAUAUUGUGUGCAUAAAAAAAGCCUGUCCUGUCCUGCCUUGCCCAGAAUCUAAGUAUACAACAAAACCUGGAGAAUGUUGUCCAACUUGUAGAGGAAAUCGGAAAAUAUACGACUUCAAUGGUCGCUGUUUGGUCGGAAUGACUUCGAUCAGAAAUAAGCAAAAGAUAGCACUGGACUAUUGCACCCACUGCACUUGUGACAAUGCCACCACAAUUUGCCAAAGGACAGUAUGCCCUCCUGUCCAUUGUCCUCCAGAAUUCCAAGAACUUUUGCCUGACCAGUGUUGCUACAGGUGUCGAGAGCCGGAGGAGAGUAAAGCCGUUUGCAUGGUCAAUGGUCGAGUAUACCAGGACAAAGAAACCUGGAAGAAGGAUCGCUGUACGUCUUGUUCUUGUCGCGACGGUCAAAUAGUGUGCGAAGUAGUGGAGUGCUCUCAUCAGUCCUGCCCCAAGCGGCACAAACUGAAAAUACUACCUGGAGAAUGCUGUCCAACGUGCGUAGAAGACGAUGCCGUGUGUUCUGUGUUCGGUGAUCCCCAUUACCGGACCUUUGAUGGACGCAUCUUCAACUUUCAAGGUUCCUGUAAAUAUCUUCUAGCUAAAGAUUGCAAUGGAAAUAAAAGCUUUGCUAUCCAAGUCAUCAACGACCCCCGACACUCAAAGACGUUCUCUUGGACAAAAGUUGUGAAAAUAAAACUAGGUCAAAACAAGAUCCGAAUGGCUCGAUUUAUGAAAGUGAAGAUCAACAAAAAAAAGGUCAACCUACCAUAUGUUAAACUGGGUUCCUUCUCGAUAAUCCAGGAAGGUUACAGUAUGGUGACUAGAACUAACCUGGGAAUGAAGAUAAUGUGGGAUGGUGGCAGUUUUGUAGAGGUCUCUAUACCACCCGAGUUUAAAAACCACAUGUGUGGACUGUGUGGAAACUACAAUGACGAUCCCCAAGACGACUUUAUUACUAGAAAAGGGAAAUCGUGUCAGAUGUUGACAUCUUCGGUAAUUUCUGGCAAAGAGGGCGAAGAGGUCGAUGUAAGCCGCUUAUCACAGCAAAAGCAAGGAGAUCAUCAUGCGAACAUAGUUCGGAUUCUCAAAUCCGAGGAGUCCGAGAAUGUAACGUUUUGAAAGUUGCUCCUGUUUUCCUCCAAUGUCAAGCUCUCGUCGACCCAACACCUUAUUACCAGUCUUGCCUCAUCGACAUGUGUGAGUGCCCUUUGACAGAUAAAUGUUACUGUGAAGCUCUCCAAGCUUAUGCCAGAGAAUGUGAGAGGGCAGGAACUGUGUUGGAUUGGCGGAAAGACACGGGAUGUGAAAAUGCUCACUGUCCGAAAGGAGCUGUUUUUACUUCAUGUGGCUCAGCAUGCAAACUGACGUGUAGAAAUUAUAAACGAAACAAGCCCUGUAGACGGCGCUGCAAGCCUGGCUGCAUUUGUCCCGUGGGAACCGUCUUGCAAAAAAAUCGAUGUGUUUCAAUCGAUAAAUGUCAUUUAUAGUUUCUUCAUUAUCAAUGUUUGAAUGUCAUUUAUAGCUUCUUCAUUCUCAGAAAAUAUGUGAUUACUUGAACGUGUGCUAGUUUCUUCGACAAAAAAACACGUACAUCCAGCAGGUCUGGGAUAUUCCAGUUUCCUUUAUAGAAGCAUCAGACAGAUUUAGGUCUUAUCAAUUCAUAAGACGAAUAUCACUUUCCAGGCAUGAGAGUAAAGAGUGGUGUACCAAGAAAGAAAACAAAAGGACAGUACACACACCACUACAACAAAGGUUCUUUGACUGGAGAAGAUAAGAAAUACAAGAUACAACUACCUAUAGUGACAUCGUGAAUGAGAUGCAUAUAUAUAUAUUAGCUAUACAUUCUGCUUUUCAAGGUGACAGAAGUCCUCGUAACUUUUUUUAACAAUCAAACAUGGAGGCUACAAAACUAUGUGCAAUUAUCAUCAGCUGGCAUGUUAAAAGAAAAAUAUUUUGUUAGCGAAUACAAUGUUGAUAUCAUACAGACAAUUUUUCCGUUGAAAAGCACGAGCAUUUUUACCUUUAUGCUGUUCUCAUGUAUCUUGAUUGUACGGCUAAAUCAAAAUUAUUUUCUCGUGGUUUUAUUUGAAGGUUUCUAUGUUUCGACAUUAGCUUUUAACGCCGAAGUGUUUGUGUUUGAAUUAACUAACUUACGAUUAAAAGAGGCUAUGAGCAAUCACUUUUCAUGUCAUAGUAAAUUUUUGAAAUUUUUUGUAUUUUUUCUUGUGACGUUUCAUAAAAUUUGAAGUUGUUCGCGAUUCUUCAACUAAAAGCUUAAUUUUUAUUUUAAUGGCUGUGAAGGUUUAUUUUGUCGAUUAUUUUCUCGGUAAAAGGAUUCUCAUAAAGUCCAUCUAUUAAUAUGCAUUUAGUUUCAUUUUCUAGUUCCUUUCUUUCGUCCACGAAUAGAUACUUAGUAUGACACAUAUUAUUUGAUUAUUAAGCAUCAGAUAAUAAGAAAAAAUUGAAUUUUCCCGAUAAGAAAUUAAUAACUGUGUUUUCCUUAGAAGUGUAAUAAUUAGAAAUAAGUUGCAAACUUAGUUAUAUUGUUUCUUUGUCUUUUAAAUUUGGUAUUCAAGAUGAGCGUUUAAAAAUAGACAUCUGUAAGCCUUGUCACGUUCUUUUGCGCUGAAUAAUUUUAUGAGCAUUCAUGAUGUCCGUCACCAAAUAUUUGGCGUUGCUCAGAGGUUUCAGAAGCAAUAUUUUAUAAGUAAGAAUUUAAUAAAAAAUUUGAAUGUUUUGAAUUAAUAUUCUACUACAUACGUGGAACAUAUGGUGACACUUAAGUCAUCCAGCAAGAUAACUAGAUGAACUGAGCGAGAACAAGUCCUUCAUGUACAGAAAACCAGGGAUCAUCUUUAUAUCAUCAAUUCGUUAUUCAAGACAUUUUCACCACAUAAAUAUAACAAAACGUGUAAAUUCAACUCUGUUUCUCAGUAGGAGUGGUCAUCUGUUUAAUAUAAAGGUAAUGUUGUUACAGUGAUGGCUGAUGAACAAAUUUCAAGCUUGCUAAUGAACACGUUUUCAUGUGUCUUUUUAAUAUCAUCACUUGUGUAUUUAAACUGAACGUUUGUUUUUAAUCUUAGACUUAGGUUAUAUGUUAGUCAGUGGAGAUGUAUGUUAUCGGCAGGGAAGUUAUGUGAAAAUGUAC